CUCGUUUAGAGUUAGAAGGAAGAAGCCCCUUUAACCAUUUAGAGAGCUUCUUGGGAGAAACAAUGGGUGUUUUAAUGGUGAUUGUUGGGAUGUUUGUAAUGGUGCUGUGUAUGUGCACUGCAGUUUUGAGAUGGAACGAGAUGAGAUACAGGAAGAAAGGUCUGCCCCCUGGUACUAUGGGUUGGCCUGUCUUUGGAGAAACCACUGAGUUUCUCAAACAAGGCCCUAACUUCAUGAAAAACCAAAGAGCAAGCAGGUAUGGCAGCUUCUUCAAAUCCCAUAUUCUAGGAUGUCCUACAGUUGUUUCCAUGGAUCCAGAGCUGAACAGAUAUAUACUCAUGAAUGAAGCCAAGGGGCUUGUUCCUGGAUACCCACAGUCCAUGCUUGAUAUCUUGGGAAAAUGCAAUAUUGCAGCCGUCCACGGCUCCACCCAUAAGCAAAUGAGAGGAGCCCUCCUUGCCCUCAUUAGCCCCACUAUGAUCAGACAACAACUUUUGCCCAAAAUCGAUGAAUUCAUGAGAGCUUUCCUCUCUAAUUGGGACAACCAAGUCAUUAACAUCCAAGACAGGACCAAAGAGAUGGCUUUUUUAUCAUCACUUAAGCAAAUCGCCAGUGCUGAAUCCAGUUCAGUAGCUCAACAAUUCAUGCCUGAGUUCUUUAAACUGGUUUUAGGCACCUUAUCACUUCCUAUUGAUCUCCCUGGUACCAAUUAUCGUCGAGGAUUUCAGGCAAGACAGAACAUUUUGAAAAUAUUGGGACAAUUGAUAGAAAAGAGAAGAGAUAGUGAAGAAUCCCACAAGGACAUGCUUGGGUACUUGAUGAGAAAUGAUGACAAUAAUCGACAUAAACUAAGUGAUGAUGAGAUCAUUGACCAAAUAAUCACAAUCUUGUAUUCUGGUUAUGAGACUGUUUCCACUACAUCAAUGAUGGCUGUCAAGUAUCUCCAUGAUCAUCCAACAGUUCUUGAAGAGCUAAGAAAAGAACAUAGGGGAAUCAGAGAAAGAAAAAGGGCAGAUGAACCAAUUGAAUGCAAUGAUCUUAAGUCAAUGAGAUUUACAAGAGCAGUGAUUUUUGAGACAUCAAGAUUAGCUACAAUUGUUAAUGGAGUUUUGAGGAAAACUACUCAAGAUAUGGAGCUAAAUGGAUAUGUGAUUCCUAAAGGCUGGAGAAUUUAUGUUUAUACAAGAGAAAUAAACUAUGAUCCAUUCCUAUAUCCAGAUCCAUUAGCCUUCAAUCCAUGGAGAUGGAUGGACAAGGGCUUGGAAUCUCAAAAUUAUUUCUUGAUAUUUGGAGGGGGCACCAGGCAAUGUCCAGGAAAGGAACUUGGAAUUGCAGAAAUUUCUACUUUCCUUCACUAUUUUGUAACUAGAUACAGAUGGGAAGAAGUUGGGGGAGAAAAAUUGAUGAAAUUUCCAAGAGUUGAAGCACCAAAUGGGCUACACAUUAGAGUUUCAUCCUACUGACUAACAGAUGUAUGUACAUAAAGAGAUAUAUAGACUAAUCAAAAGGGAAGGGGUGGGUACUUUGUGCAACUAAAAAUAUGUUCUAACAAGGGUAGAAAAUGAUUGAUUUUUCCUGUUUUCAGGCUCUAGUGUAGACUGUGAAUAAGAAUUUCUGAAUUUUGUGACUCUA